CUCGAGCGCCAGUUUCCUCGCAGCAGGCACGCGGCCGGCUGCCUGUAGUGCGCGGUGCGAACCAUCACACGCGAGUUCGCGGUCAUAGGCUCGAACGAACACCGAAACCGACGGUCAGUGUAGUGACCAUGAUGAUGGACAACGGGAUGAUGAACAGCUAUGACGGGUAUCCCGACGGCUAUAUGGAACAGGAGGAGGAGUGGGAACGCGAGGGUCUAUUAGACCCGGCUUGGGAGAAGCAACAGAAAAAGACCUUCACAGCAUGGUGCAACAGCCACCUCCGCAAAGCCGGCACCGGCAUCGAGAACAUCGAGGACGACUUUCGCAACGGCUUGAAGCUGAUGCUGCUGCUCGAGGUGAUCUCCGGCGAGACCCUGCCCAAGCCGGACCGCGGCAAGAUGAGGUUCCACAAGAUCGCCAAUGUCAAUAAGGCGUUGGACUUCAUCGCUUCCAAAGGCGUAAAGUUGGUGUCAAUCGGCGCCGAAGAAAUCGUCGAUGGCAACUUGAAGAUGACGCUGGGUAUGAUCUGGACCAUUAUCUUGCGAUUCGCCAUCCAGGACAUCUCAGUCGAAGAAAUGACCGCCAAGGAAGGUCUCCUCCUAUGGUGCCAACGCAAGACAGCUCCGUACAAGAACGUGAACGUGCAAAACUUCCACCUGUCCUUCAAGGACGGGCUGGCGUUCUGCGCGCUCAUCCACAGGCACAGGCCCGACCUGAUCGACUACAGCAAGCUGUCGAAGGACAACCCGCUAGAGAACCUCAAUACGGCGUUCGAUGUCGCCGAGAAGUACCUCGACAUCCCGCGCAUGUUGGACCCUGAUGACCUUAUUAACACACCAAAGCCGGACGAGCGCGCCAUAAUGACCUAUGUGUCAUGUUACUACCACGCCUUCCAAGGCGCGCAGCAGAACACCGCCAUGCCGGACGAGCGCGCGGUCAUGACCUACGUAUCCUCCUACUACCAUUGCUUCUCUGGCGCGCAGAAGGCUGAAACGGCCGCGAACCGCAUCUGCAAGGUUCUCAAAGUCAACCAGGAGAACGAACGCCUGAUGGAAGAGUACGAACGUCUCGCCAGUGAUCUUCUGGAUUGGAUCCGUCGCACCAUGCCGUGGCUGAACAGCCGCCAGACGGACAACUCUCUCGCCGGCUGCCAGAAGAAACUAGAGGACUACCGUACUUACAGACGUAAGCACAAGCCGCCCCGCGUCGAGCAGAAGGCCAAGCUCGAGACCAACUUCAACACGCUGCAGACCAAACUGCGCCUCAGCAACCGCCCCGCCUACAUGCCCACUGAGGGCAAGAUGGUUUCCGACAUCGCCGGAGCGUGGAAGGGGCUGGAGAUCGCCGAGAAGGCGUUCGAGGAGUGGCUGCUGAGCGAGAUGAUGCGGCUCGAGCGGCUCGAGUACCUGGCGCAGAAGUUCAAGCACAAAGCCGACAUCCACGAGGACUGGACCAGAGGCAAGGAGGAGAUGCUGCAGUCCCAGGACUUCAGGCAGUGCAAGCUUCAGGACAUCAAGGCUCUCAAGAAGAAGCACGAGGCCUUCGAGUCCGACCUCGCCGCGCACCAAGACCGCGUCGAGCAGAUCGCCGCCAUUGCUCAGGAACUCAACACCCUGGAGUACCACGAGGUGGGCGCGGUGAACGCGCGCUGCCAGCGCAUCUGCUCGCAGUGGGACCGCCUGGGCGCGCUCACGCAGCGCCGGCGCCAGGCGCUGGACGACGCCGAGCGCGUGCUGGAGCAGAUCGACCUGCUGCAUCUAGAGUUCGCCAAGCGCGCCGCGCCCUUCAACAACUGGCUGGACGGCACGCGCGAGGAUCUCGUGGACAUGUUCAUCGUGCACACCAUCGAGGAGAUCUCCGGGCUCAUGGACGCGCACGCGCGCUUCAAGGCCACGCUCGGCGAGGCCGACAAGGAGUACCAGGCGAUAGUGAACCUGGUGCACCAAGUGGAGUCCAUCGUGAAGCAGCACCAGAUCCCCGGCGGUCUCGAGAACCCCUACACCACACUCACCGCACACGAGUUGAACCGCAAGUGGUCGGACGUGCGGCAGCUGGUGCCGCAGCGGGACGGCACGCUGGCGGCCGAGCUGCGCAAGCAGCAGAACAACGAGACCCUCCGCCGCCAGUUCGCUGAGAAGGCCAACGCCGUCGGGCCCUGGAUCGAGCGCCAGAUGGACGCCGUCACCGCCAUCGGCAUGGGCCUGCAGGUAACACACCACCUGCAAAACAACGAGACACUCCGCCGCCAGUUCGCGGAGAAGGCCAACGCCGUCGGGCCCUGGACCGAGCGCCAGAUGGACGCCGUCACCGCCAUCGGCAUGGGUCUGCAGGUAACACACCACCUGCAGAACAACGAGACCCUCCGCCGCCAGUUCGCGGAGAAGGCCAACGCCGUCGGGCCCUGGAUCGAGCGCCAGAUGGACGCCGUCACCGCCAUCGGCAUGGGCCUGCAGGUAACACACCACCUGCAGAACAACGAGACCCUCCGCCGCCAGUUCGCGGAGAAGGCCAACGCCGUCGGGCCCUGGAUCGAGCGCCAGAUGGACGCCGUCACCGCCAUCGGCAUGGGCCUGCAGGUAACACACCACCUGCAGAACAACGAGACCCUCCGCCGCAAGUUCGCGGAGAAGGCCAACGCCGUCGGGCCCUGGACCGAGCGCCAGAUGGACGCCGUCACCGCCAUCGGCAUGGGUCUGCAGGUAACACACCACCUGCAGAACAACGAGACCCUCCGCCGCCAGUUCGCGGAGAAGGCCAACGCCGUCGGGCCCUGGAUCGAGCGCCAGAUGGACGCCGUCACCGCCAUCGGCAUGGGCCUGCAGGUAACACACCACCUACAGAACAACGAGACCCUCCGCCGCCAGUUCGCGGAGAAGGCCAACGCCGUCGGGCCCUGGAUCGAGCGCCAGAUGGACGCCGUCACCGCCAUCGGCAUGGGCCUGCAGGGCUCGCUAGAAGACCAGCUCCGACGACUGAAGGAGUACGAAGCCGGAGUGUACGCAUACAAGCCGCACAUCGAGGAGCUCGAACGCAUCCACCAGGCCGUGCAGGAGGGCAUGAUCUUCGAGAACAGGUACUCACAAUACACGAUGGAGACCCUCCGCGUGGGCUGGGAGCAGCUGCUCACAUCCAUCAACCGCACCAUCAACGAGGUCGAGAACCAGAUCCUCACCCGCGACUCCAAGGGCAUCACGCAAGAACAGCUCACCGAGUUCCGCGCCUCCUUCAACCACUUCGACAAGAACCGCACUGGCCGUCUCGCCCCCGAGGAACUCAAGUCGUGCUUAGUGUCGGUCGGCUACAGCAUCGGCAAGGACAGGCAAGGAGAGCUCGACUUCCAACGCAUCUUGGCCGUUGUCGACCCCAACAACACAGGUUACGUGUCGUUCGAUGCGUUCCUGGACUUCAUGACUCGGGAAUCCACAGACACAGACACCGCUGAGCAGGUCAUCGACAGCUUUAGGAUCUUAGCUGGUGAUAAGCCGUACAUCACGGCGGAAGAGCUGCGCCGCGAGCUGCCCCCGGACCAGGCGGAGUACUGCGUGGCGCGCAUGCCGCCCUACCGCGGCGGCGGCCCGCCCGGCGCGCUCGACUACAUGGCCUUCUCCACCGCGCUCUACGGCGAGACCGACCUCUAGGCGCAGGUUGAUCGAGUCGCGUCAUAAUCAUCUCACCGGGAGCAGCCACAGGAUGCCGCGCCGGCCGCGAGGCAGACAUGUUUCCCUUACGUUGACGGCGAGCCCUAUUCUGCCAACGUAACGCAAACAUCUUCUGCCGAAACUUAAUAUUUAAUACAGUCCUGUAUAAACUUAAGUAUGUGCAAUGUUCAAACCAAAAAUGCCAUUAACUUUCACACCGUUACUCUUCUCCCUAAUGACUACCGUAAACUUUUGGCUCAAAUCAGAGAAAUCAUCUGUAGAAUACGUUUUCGACAUCUCUAUUUAUACACUAGUGUUAGGUAUUUUUAACUUUUAUAUGAAAUUCUCAGGGAAGUCACAAAACAUUUAUUUGUAAGAUGGAAAUGGUGCUAAUGUUAGGCUUGACUAAUGUGUGACACCAAAAUAAGACUCAUUCACGUUGUGAGAAUGUUUUUGUUAUAUUUUUUUAUUUAUAAGCAAAAUAUUAUUUAUACAAAGAUCAUUUUAAUUACUGCCAUUAGUAAUUUAUAGUACUUCGAUGGUAGGUACGUAAAGUUUUAAGCUGUCCAAAUUCGUAAAUGCAGGGAAGUGUCACACAAAUUAUUUAUAUCAUAGAUUGCCAUAGCUUGCCUGCAUCUAUUUAUUUAUCAUUUUUUAUAUGAUUAUCGUUUUUGAGAGUAUUUUUGUUUGAGUACUCUAAAUAAAUGAUCUGCCAUAUUUGUCUUUUAAUAAUGACUGUGUUGAUAAUCCAACCAAUAUCGUAUGAGAAAGAUUGGCACAGUAAAUAAGAAUGAAUUAUGUGCCCAAAAAGUAUACUAACUCGAAUGUACAGCUAAUUUAAUAAAAAGCUCUUAAACACA